AUGGAGAACACAAACAGUACGUUUUCAAACUUUGUUCAUUUUCACUGGGGAGACAGUCUGACCCUUGGGCUCUACUUUCUUGUUGUGGUUUGCGUUGGAAUAUGGGCCAUAGUAAGAAGUCGGAAGAACAGUGCUCAGGAUUAUUUUUUGGCGAGUCGGAGUAUGACAUUUUUUCCGAUUGGCGCGUCAAUAUUUGCAAGCAACAUCGGAGCACCAUUGUUUGUCGGUCUUUCAGGUUCAGCUGCAGCUUCUGGCAUUGGAGGAAUGAUUUUUGAAUGGCAUGCGAUUCCAUUCAUUUUAACCCUUGGCUGGAUAUUUAUCCCUGUUUUUGUUGCUUGUGGGGUGUACACGAUUCCAGAAUAUAUGGAAAAACGAUAUGGUGGCAAACGACUUCGUCUCUACCUUUCUGUUCUAUCCAUUCUGUUGUAUAUCAUCACCAAGAUAUCGGUGGAGAUGUUCGCCGGUGCCUUGUUCAUCAAAAUGUUGUUUGGAUGGAAUAUGUACGCUUCAUGUAUUCUCAUCUUGGCAUUUUCAGCUUUCUUUACGAUGGUUGGUGGACUGACAGUUGUUCUGAUCACCGAUGCUCUCCAGACAGUCGUGUUUAUUGCCGGGGCUUUUGUUUUAAUGGCCAUAAGUCUGUACAAGGUCGGGGGCUACGAAGCCCUGAAAACCAAAUAUAUGGAUGCUGUGCCGAGCACUGUCUUGCUUUCUAAUAAAACUGAUGAUUGUGGUUACCCUAGAUCCGAUUCUUUCAGUUUACUCAGAGAUCCUGUCAAUUCUGAUUAUCCAUGGCCAGGGACGCUCAUCUUCAAUAUUCCAAGUGAUAUUUGGUUUUGGUGCACGGAUCAGAUUAUGGUGCAGCGGUCCUUGUCGGCUAAAAAUCUUUCCCACGCUAAAGGAGGGUCGAUUGUUGCUGGAUAUUUGAAGAUUUUACCAUUUUUUAUGUUUGUUUUGCCUGGAAUGGCAGCUCGUAUUUUGUUCCCAGAUGAAGUCGCUUGUAUUGAGCCUAAAAUAUGCCAAAGUGUUUGCGGUAAUCCUUCUGGAUGUUCUAACAUUGCUUAUCCGCUUUUAGUGAUGCGAAUCCUGGUGCCUGGUCUUCGGGGUAUUAUGCUUGCUGCAAUGCUAGCAGCAGUGAUGAGUACCAUGACAUCUGUUUUUAACAGCGCCAGUAGCAUCUUCACAAUGGAUCUUUGGACACGAUUCAGGAAGAACGCUUCCAGUUUGGAACUGCUUAUUGUUGGGCGAAUAAUCAUCUUGGUUUUGGCAGCAUGUGCCAUUAUUUGGAUUCCUAUUAUGCAGUCUGGCCAAGCUAGUGAGCUGUGGCAAUAUUGGCAGGCACUCAUGUCAGCUGUGGGGCCACCGUGGGGACUUGUCUUCUUGAUGGGAUUUUUUUGGAAGAGAACAACAGAACCUGCUGCAUUUUGGGGAAUGCUGGCAGGACAGUUACUGGGUUUUGCACGCUUAGUAAUGACCUUUGCCUACAAAACACCAGUGUGUGGCUCACAGGAUGAGCGGCCAAUGUUCCUGAGAAUCCAUUUCUUAUAUAUUGCUGCAAUGGAAACAGCUGUUUCUGCAUUUGUAAUGGUGACACUUUCAUUUCUGACCAAACCAAGAACUGAAGAAGAGUUAUGCCGAGUAACCUGGUGGACACGAGAGCAAAAAAAGGAAUCAAAUGAUCCAGCACAAAUGAACAUUGAAAAUAUUUGUUUUGAAGAUAAUUCAAGUUGGUAUCUUAUCACUACAACUGUCUUACGGCCAUUUUCUUCAUAUGAAUCCUUUCAGUUACAGAAAGCUAAUUGA